CAGGGAGCGGGCGGCAGGGAGCGGCGGCGCUGGGGGCUCGGUGUCGCCAGCCCCCGGCUGGGCAGGCAGGGCCGGCCCCGAAGCUGCGCACAGGAAGGAACUCGGCAGACCGCGGUGGUAACAUGAAACCAACAUGGCUGACUUGCUUCUGGCGUCCUGUUCCCUCUUGAUUGUGAGAGGUUGGCUCCAUAUUCCAGUGACUGCUCAACAAAGAGAGCUUGGGUGACAUCUGUAAGAACUGAGAGAAAACCUCUAACUUCAUUAGUCAGACUGAUUUGUGUCUUUCAGUCUGAGAGGGCAUGCUUCUGGCACCUGUUAUCAUACUGUCUUGAACUGGAGAAGAAAACGGAACAGUAAAUUUGCUUUCCCUAGCUCUAUGUGGCCCAUGAUGUAUUAUAAUCCAGAUGUCUGUGAGAAUACAUCUGAUUUAGCAGACUGAUGUUUUGUAGAAGCUUCAACACAGUCUUCCAGUAUCUUUAGAGGAACUGAAGGUCAUUGUAAGGAAGCAGAUUGCCAGGACUUCCCCCCCUGUGGCUGCCUGACUGCUGCUGAGGUACCCCUUCUAGCCCAUGUGGCUCUCCCCAUGCUCCAAGAGUGCAACUGGUGCCCAACGCAAUGUGUGUUUGUCAAACCAUGGAAGUGGGCAAGUAUGGCAAGAAUGCCACUCGAUCUGGAGACCGGGGGGUCCUGCUGGAGCCUUUCAUUCACCAGGUGGGCGGCCACAGCAGCAUGAUGCGCUAUGAUGACCAUACUGUCUGCAAGCCCCUCAUUACCAGAGAACAGCGCUUCUAUGAAUCUCUGCCCCCGGAAAUGAAGGAAUUCACACCCGAGUACAAAGGUGUGGUAUCUGUCUGUUUUGAGGGAGACAGCGAUGGCUACAUUAACCUGGUGGCCUAUCCCUAUGUGGAGAACGAGGCCCUGGAGCAAGAUGAUAUGCCAGAGAGGGACCAGCCACGGCGCAAGCACUCACGUCGGAGCCUUCACAGAUCAAGCAGCGGCACUGAGCACAAGGAGGAAAAGCCUGGCUUGGCCAGUGACAGCACCGAAAGCAGCAUCCAGGAAACGAAGAGUCCACGGGUGGACUUGCACAUCCAUUCAGAUGUUCCAUUUCAGAUGUUGGAUGGGAACAGCGGUCUGAGCUCUGAAAAGAUCAGCUAUAACCCCUGGAGCCUGCGCUGUCAUAAGCAGCAGCUGAGCCGCAUGCGGUCAGAAUCCAAGGACCGAAAACUCUACAAGUUCCUUUUGCUGGAGAACGUGGUGCAUCACUUCAAGCUUCCCUGCGUACUUGAUCUGAAGAUGGGGACCAGACAGCACGGAGACGAUGCGUCCGAGGAGAAGGCUGCUCGGCAGAUGAAGAAGUGUGAACAGAGCACUUCAGCCACCUUGGGUGUGCGCGUUUGUGGGAUGCAGGUCUACCAGCUGGACACAGGACAUUACUUAUGCAGGAAUAAAUACUAUGGACGCGGUCUUUCCAUCGAGGGCUUCCGCAAUGCCCUUUACCAGUAUCUCCACAACGGCAUUGAGCUGCGCAAGGACCUCUUUGAGCCUGUCCUCGCCAAACUGCGAAGCCUGAAGGCGGUUUUGGAGAGACAGGCCUCCUACCGCUUCUACUCCAGCUCCCUUCUCAUCAUUUACGAUGGGAAGGACAGCAGGGCAGGGAUGUUUGUGGAGCGCCGGCCGGAGACGCGCCUGAAGCGGGUGGACAGCUCUCUCCCGGAGAGCCUUCAGGAUGGUGGCAGCACGGAGCCCGGCUCCUCGGCCCAGCCCAAGGUGGACGUGCGUAUGAUUGACUUUGCGCAUAGCACGUUCAAAGGCUUUCGUGAUGACCCCACUGUGCAUGACGGACCCGACAUGGGUUAUGUAUUCGGGCUGGAAAGCCUCAUCAACAUCAUGGAACAGAUGCGCGAGGAAAACCAGUAGCCCUGGGCUACGGCCUCUUAUUCUUGUCCUGGUGGCAGGAGCAGACACGACCACCUACUACCACAGGAGAAAAAGCAGACAACUCUGGUUUUAAACAAUUGUAUUGCUCCAUUGUUUUUAAAUGUACUUGGAUAGAAGAGCUGAGGGGAGGCAGGAUGGAAGAGCUCCUCAUGCCAACCAGACGGUUCUGACCGCACUAGCUCUGCCUUCUGGAGGAGGCUCUGUAGAUGCUUGCUGGGUUUUGGGUGUCCCGGUUCUUUGCUCAUCACGUGUGCGUUCUGGAGGGAGGACCUGGACGUAGGGAAGAGAAAGCAGGAGGGCCUGGGGCUCUUCGGGGGGCUGGAGCUGUGGCGUGAGGAGCCUUCUGCCUCAGGAGCCCCCAGGAGAGCCUUCCCUUUGAAAUUCUCCUGAGUUAUUUGGAAAGGGCGCUCAGCUAACAGUUGGCAGCAUCUGUGGGGCUGAUGGUGAGCAGCACAGGUGCUGGUCUGUGCGUUCGGUGGCGCUAGCUCUGCCCUGGGUUUUGCCGAUGGGGCUUUGCUUUUGAUGCUGCCUUUUUCUGCUGUUUGGGUACUGUGAAUAACCAACCCAAACAUGGAAAUAAAAUGACCAAAUGCAACCCCUGGCAGAGCUGCGGCCAGGAGGGAAAGCCGCACAUCUGGAGUUGUGCUUGAGCCCGGGGCCUGCUCCCUCCCCGACGGGGUGGCGCGGGCAGGCCUGUGUAUGGGCAGGCACUGGGCUCCGCGAGAGUAACUCUGCCCUGGACCACUGACCAAGCAAGAACUCAGCUCAUGGGCUAGCAAUAGUAUCUGUAGCAGUUAACGCGACCCCAGCUGUGCAGCGGGGCGUUUUGGACCAUUUCAACCCUUCCUGUUGUGUAAUGUUGGUCCCACAGGUUGCACGCGAGUAUGUCCCUGCAGCGUAAGGCUGCCCUCUUCCCCCGGUGGGCCUCUGCCCCACAGCCCCUGCUCCUCCGGCAGGUCCGUGGAAGGGGAGGCCAAGGGUUAGGGCUGUGACCCCCCCCCUCUUGUCCCUGCGGGUCUCCAGGGGGGCAGGUGAGGGGGGACCUGGCUGAGCGGUGAGUGCCAUCGCCUGACUGUUUAGCUUUUGCUUCAUGGAGUUGGUGUUGCCCAAAAUAAAU